GCUCUCUGGCCUGUUCUUUGCUGCAGCCAUGAGAGACGCGGCAUGCUGUGCCAGACAGACCACCAGUGAGAGAGCUUCUGUCAGCCUUACUUCAGCUUAAGUCCGAAGAUCACAUUGCAACAUUAGCCAGAUUUGAGUUUACUGCAUAAGAUUUUAAUUAAGUGGUUUUUCCAAAGUGACGGGAGAGAACAUGGUGUCGUGUGUGGUGGUCACUGUGUUGGUUCUGUUGCUGGUGAGGUCAGCUCAUAGUCAACAUAUGGCAGAGGAGCCCUGCUCAGUCCAAAUCCUCGUUCCAGGACUCAAAGGAGAAGCAGGAGAAAAGGGAGAAAAAGGGGCACCUGGCAGACCUGGAAGAGUGGGACCACCUGGAGAUACAGGGCCUCCUGGACUCAAAGGACAAAAAGGCAUCAUGGGACAUUAUGGAAAAAUGGGUCCGUCUGGAUUCAAAGGUUUAAAAGGUGAUAUGGGAGAACCAGGACCAAAAGGCUCGGACGGAGACCCAGGGCUCCCCUGUGAGUGUGCACCUUUACGGAAGAUGAUCGGUGAAAUGGACAAUCAUGUGGCGCAGUUAAGCAAUGAGCUGAAGUUCAUUAAAAAUGCACUGCCCUCCCCCGCAGCUGUCGCUGGCGUCAAAGAGACAGACAGCAAGGUGUAUCUACUGGUGAAGGAGGAGAAGCGGUACAGAGAUGCUGAGCUGUACUGCCAGGGCAGGGGUGGGCACCUGGCCAUGCCCAAAGAUGCUGCUGCCAACAGGGCCAUCGCCGGGUACAUCACAGAGGCCGGCCUUAGUAGAGUGUACAUCGGCAUUAAUGACCUGGAGAGCGAGGGCCACUUUGUGUACGUGGAGCGCUCGCCUAUGAGCACCUUCAGCAAGUGGAGGGAAGGAGAGCCCAAUAACGCCUAUGAGAAUGAGGACUGUGUGGAGCUGGUGUCUUCAGGGGAGUGGGUGGACGUGGCCUGCUCUCUCACCAUGUACUUUGUGUGUGAGUUUGACAAAGACCGGAUUUGA